UUGGAAGAGAUACCACUCUCGAUCAAUUGGGUGACUGGACCAAGUGAUGGGUGAGAAUGAUACUUAUAUUGAUAGCUGAAGUAUGAAGGUUCCUGAUCCCACUGAUGGGAUCUCUGUCUCCUAUAUACCCUUCAUCCUUCAACGCGUGGAUGUCGGCUCACGGGCUCACGUCGUGAGCCCGUGUGCUGGCUCGCUGGCUCACUUGGUGAUUCGGCGAUCCCGUUUUCUGAUCAAGGAAACCUGAUUACAUAAAGCCUGGUGUCGCCCGUGACCUGCCUUCGCAGCCCCCGCCCUUGUCCUUGGCCUGAUGCUGCGGCCUUGUUUGGCCUGUUCGUUAGCCCAAACAAUCCCCUGUUGGUCCGGGUCGUCACAAUCAUGCCCUGCUGUUAAGGAGAUUUAGUUGCACUGUGGGUUUUGUCGUAGUCUAACCCUUACAACCCAGUCUUCAAGACUUGGAGGUUUAGGCAGACUCCCUUCCUCUGAUGCUCGAGAGAAUGGCGGCGCUAUUGAUCCAGCGCAUCAUGAUCACCAGCCUUGGCUUAAUAAUCUCUGCCAAUCUCUCCGGGGGGAAUAAUCUGGUGCACAUGCUGGAUGGAGCGUUUAUCGAUUGGCCCACCCCCGACGUAGGCAACCUCCUCGCCUCUCUUGAGCACGGGUCGACCUUCGAGGCGGGGGGCCUCCUCGCCUCUCUUGACCACGGGAUUUCCUUCGAGGUGGGCUACCCCUUCUCCAUCCUUCUUGAUAACCGGAAGGUACAGGAGAUUCAGCCCAGACCCAGCAGGGAAAGCCAAAGAGGCGAGAAGGUGCAGAGGUAGCACAAGUAUAGUAGAACUUGAGAGGCGCAUGUCGCCGAGUACGGAAGACCUACAGCGACUGACUGUCCUGGUACAAAAUCGUUCAAAUAUGAUGAGGACUUCUGGUUUGUGACAGGGGUAGGGUUUAAAGGAUUCUGGUUGUCUAAAGCCUGUGUAGCAUUGCGAUAUACCAGCGGCGUAUCGUCCUCAUAUAUGUCCGAUACUAUAGAAGACAAUAAGAGACAAAAGGAGACUAAGGUUCAGAUUUCGAUGGCGGAUACUGUAUCAGAC